UUUGAACUGGUGGUAGCUCAUAUAUAUCAACAAGUGAGGAAAUGGUGUGGUUGAUAAAACAUAAUGGAGAAGUCCGGCCAAUUUGCCCACUCAGAGGUUGCUUUUGUCUUGAUAAUAGAAUGGGAUGCUUUAUUUGCACAAUAUUUACCGCGAUCACUACGCUUUGCGCCUUGAUAUUUGUAACGUUGGAUUUAAUUUCAUGGGGUGUUCCUGAAUUUGUCAUCGACAAAAUGUUUCCGACUAUUUGGCGAUCACGGUUUUGGAAAGGUUUCAUUUUGUGUGAUAUCAUUAUGCUUUUUGCAAACCUCAUACUACUGAUUAUGUCGAUUAUACUGAUAGUGGCGAUUGUUUGGCCAACGAGAUAUCGUUUGUAUCACUUAAAGCCAUACCUUCGUGCGUGGUGUACCAUCAUGAUUAUGCAUCUUAUUACCGAUUUAGGAGUUGGCCUUUACACGUAUUCAUGGUACGGUCUCGCUGCAUGGCGUGCACCUUACCUUAUUUUCAGUGUGAUGUACUUCAUUGUUUGUUACGUAUUGCACGUGAGUUAACCAUAACAUUGGUUUAGGCUUUUACGAAUUUAACUUACAUUUUUUGUCGCAUGAUCGUCGUUGUACUGUCCAAUUCGUCAUCGGAUUUGCACCAUUCACCUGCAUGACAAGGCACUCGGAAGCACAAGAGACGUCAAUAGAGCAAAAGCUAUUUUACUUUGGUGCUUGGUAGUUUGCUGUGCUUACAAGGCUGAAGUCAUUGCAGAGUUGCAACCAAAUACAGAAGAGGAGGCCGUCUAUACCUACGCUCCAGUAUAUACCAGGGAUUCGGCAUACUGAUGCGGCUUAUGCUUUUACUGUGCAUUGUAUUUUAUGCAAACGGAAGCCACUUCUGAUUCAUUUUCAUACAGGUUAUGUUCCUGGUAGUCGGGAUAUCCUAUUACUCAGAAGUGCGUCUUUCUCUAAUUGGUGAAGGUGAUCCUGAGGUGUUGCAAGAAGUAAACUUUCUUAAUGAUACGCCGAGCGCAACGUCCCCACAUACGUACGCAUUUCCACGUCUGUAAAUGUUAUUACGGCAAUAAAACGUUUACUUUCGCGCCUAAA